GAUGUUUCUAUUUCAUGAUUCUUUUUAAAAUAGUUUUCGGAGUCUAAAUUACCAUGUCGGAGUCUGUAAGCCAGCAAAUACCAGGGCUAAAUCUCAAUAAAGUGUUUAAAAUUAUAGUUCUAGGCGAUUCGGGCGUCGGUAAAACUUGCUUAACUUACCGUUUCUGCGAGGGUCAAUUUUUAGAUAAAUCUGAGGCCACUAUCGGUGUCGACUUCAGAGAGCGAAUUGUUCGCAUAAACAAUGAAAAUAUAAGGCUUCAACUGUGGGACACGGCAGGCCAGGAGCGUUUCCGCAAGUCCAUGGUGCAGCACUACUACCGGAACGUUCAUGCUGUAGUCAUCGUCUAUGACGUCACCAAACCAGAAACAUUCCAUUCCAUAGCCAGCUGGAUGCUAGAAGUUGAGAGCCAUGGUCUCAUGAAGUCGCCUCGUGUGCUAGUUGGCAACAAAUGCGAUUGCGGAACGGCUGAGUCGCGACUUGCCACCACAUACGCGCAGCGGCUUGCCGACAAGUAUGGGAUGCCGCUUUUCGAGACGUCGGCCCUUCUCGACGCAGAAUGCGGGACCGUGGAAUCUAUCUUCAUGACGCUGGCUCACAAGUUGUACUCUAAACAGCCUCUUAGGGUCAUAAGUGUUCAGGGCGAAAACGGACCAGGAACAGUGAACCUAACGCGCAAGAAACCGCGAACCACUCAACCCAACGAGAGCUGCCUUUGCAGCUAAACGAUCCAUGCACUUCAUCGUUAGACGUAUGUCUUAUUGGUUCUUUUAUAAUACGACAAAAACUAUAACCCUAUAUAAGGGUUUUUAAUCCUUUGAAAGCCCUAUCGUGUGGUGCAUGAAAGUUGACAUGGAUUGUAGCCGCGCGCGUCUCGCGUCAAUUUAUGUCUUUGGCCGGCAAAGGGUGACCCGAAGUAAGGGUUAUUUCGAUACACAAGUUUUUAAGGGGUUGGUAUCGCGUACGGUACAGACAGCCUUGGAAUUUUCAAUAUUUUCAUAAGUAGCGUUGAAUGUAUUUCGUCGUAACACCAACUAACUAAAAACUUGGCUCCGUUCGGCUCGCAUAGCGACAUAGCAGUUAUAAGGGUUGGAACACACCACAGAGAAAAUAAUAACUUGAUUUUUGACAACCCGAAAUAGCCGACCAAGAUUCGACCCAGAACUGCUGUUAUGUUACACUUUGUAUGAAGUUUAUCUUCUGUAGGUAAGGUAUACUACUUAUUACCUACUUAUUCUGUGACACAAGGGGUACAUACAAUAAUAUGUAUUAUUUACUAGAUAUAAGUGAAAAAAGAUUUGAAAUUAGUAUUCAUAAACAUAUGAAUACCUGCAUUAGGUGUUAAUCUGUACAUGCUAUGAGGUGCCAAAUUAAAUAUGAUCAGGUAUAAAACACCAGUUUUUUGUGACAAGAAUUGCCAGUAGGAUAAGUGCUGUCUAUGAAAUACUCACUACUACAGUUGCAUCAACCACAGAUAACAGAUAAAGUCCAACAGAUGGAAAUUCCCUUUAAAAGAUUUAGCGAACGCUAAAUUCGAUAUCGGAAGGUUUGGUGCAACCGACCCUUAAUCCGAUUAAAAUCAGGUACAGCAUCUCUUAUUAUUGAGAUAUUUUUUUCCUACUAAAUAGGAAGUAUUACCCAAAACUAUGUGAUAACACUGAUAGAUGACACUAGGUAGGAUUUCAUUAUUUGCUUUUUCUGUUGCUUAUUUGAGUGAUCUAGAAAGUGAUGCUGGAGAUCGAUUUUUGAAUUUCGAACGCACGAAUUCGCCGUUCGCAAGUCUGUGGAAAACGACGUGAUGCUACUUUUGAAAAAGGACGGCUAGUAAUUUUAAAACUAGUGGUAAUGACCACCCGUUUUCGAUUCUGUUAGUAGAAUUUAAAUCGCUAGUAGUGGAGAUAUUAUUGAAUGAAUUUCACGGAAUCGAAUGGCCGAGAUUCAUAAAUCGGCCCCCAGAUUGAGUGAUAAGACAUUUCAAUUUUCACGAUUUGCGGCCACUUGUAUAAAUUUGGCAAAAAUCGUCUAGGGUAGUAUUUACUCCGUCUAAGGUUAUAGAAUGCGCUAAUGCUGCACUCUGGCGGCAGAAUAUUGCCGUAAAAUUCACUAUUGAUGUAUACACAUAUUUCGCUGUCUAAGAGUCAUCAAAAUUAUAAGUUGUGUAUGAAGGUUGUUCUUUUAAAACGAGAUGGUACUAAUACUAAGGAACCCCAAUAUUUAUAAACGUUCACUAAAGCUAACAAGCCGAUAAAAAUCAUUUGUCCCUUUCUAUCACACCAAUACGUCGGAAAGGGACAAGCCAUUUUAAUCGGCUUGGUAACUUUAGUGAACGCAAGCGCGGA